AUGACUAUAACACACCAACACCCAGUUUAUAAAGAUAUUGCAGCUAAGAAAAAAUCUAUUCGUGACGAUAAGUUUAAUCCUGAAUGGUUGAUUCCACAACACGAAUUGCCCGAUGAUGAAGUUACUGAUGUUUUAAACUGGAUUAAAAAGACAAACCAUUUAACUCCAGAGGAAAUAAUUAUAACUGAAUCGAAAGCAGUUGACAUUGUCAAUAAUAUUAAAUCACAAACUUGGACAUCUUUAGAAGUCACAUUAGCAUUUUGUCAUCGUGCCUCAAUUGCCCAUCAAUUGACUAAUUGUUUGACAGAAAUUUUUUUUGACGAAGCAAUCAAGAGAGCAAAAGAGUUAGACCACUAUCAAUUGGUUUCACCUGGUGGCGGUAAACUUGCUGGUCCCUUUCACGGUUUACCUAUUUCAUUAAAAGACAAUUUCAAUGUUAAGGGCCAUGGUACUACUUUGGGUAUGGUAAAUUUUUGUUUUAAUCCACAACAAGUUGAGUAUGAUUCUACAUUAGUAGAAAUGCUCCGCCAAUUAGGUGCAAUAUUAUAUGUGAAAACAAAUGUCCCUGUGGCUAUGAUGAUGCCUGAAACCACAAAUCAUGUUUGGGGCAGUACCGUAAAUCCAAUGAAUCGAUUAUUAAGUUGUGGUGGUUCACUGGGUGGUGAAUCAGCAUUAAUUAAAUUAAAAGGCUCACCAAUUGGUAUUGGGCUGGAUAUUGGUGGGUCUAUUCGUAUCCCGGCAUCUUUCCAAAACUUGUAUGCUAUCAAACCUUCAUUCGGUAGAUUUCCUACAUUUGGGACUCGUUCAGGUUUACCAGGGUUAGAGUCAGUCAAUAGUGUAAAUGGUCCAAUUAGUAAUAGCCUUGAUGAUUUAGAGUUUUACUGCAAGACAAUAAUCGAUGCUAAACCCUGGUUGAGUGAUGCUAAAUGUAUCGAGAUUCCUUGGCGACAAGUUGAGUUUGGCAAUGACUCUAUUGAUAGAGAAAAAGUCAAUGGCAACAGUGCUUCGUCACAAGCAUCUCCAAAAUUGAAUAUUGCCAUAUUAAUGGAUGAUGGGUUUGUUCGACCAACUCCUCCAAUACGUCGUGGAAUGGAAAUUGUUACUGAAGCAUUGAAAAAAGAUGGUCAUCAUUUAAUUGAAUGGGAUCCUCAAGAUCAUGUUCGGUUAUCAGAAAUCAUUGGUCAGUUUUUCGUUAGUGAUGGGGGUCACCACGUUUUGGAGGAAACUACUGUGGUAAAUGAGCCGUUUUUCCCAUAUAUGGAAAACUAUGGAACCAGUAAAGAUAUUCCCGUGUCUCAGUUAUGGCAAUUACAACGUGAAAGAACAGUUUUGAUUGAUAAAUAUCUUAAACGAUGGAAUUCCACUGCUGAUAUUACUACCAAUGGGAAGCCAAUUGAUGCUAUUAUCAUGCCUGCAACUCCAUUUGCUGGCAAUCCGUUAGGGAAAUUCCCCACAUAUGUUGGCUACACAUCCCCAUUUAAUGCUCUUGAUUAUACUGUUGGUGUGUUCCCGGUGACCAGGGUCGAUAAAACUGUGGAUGUUGGUGAUGAAGCUCCUGGAAAUUACAAUGAAAUUGAUGUCCAAGUCUGGAAAGACUAUGAUCCUGAAGAAAGUCACGGUGGUGCUGUUGCUUUACAAUUGGUUGCAAGAAGAUUCGAAGAGGAAAAAGUAAUUGCUAUGAUGAAGAUCAUUUCAGAGUUAAUUAACUAUACUGAUUAA